UUCUUCUCGGCAGGAGAACGCGUUGCGAAACCUGCAUGCGAAAUCCAGUGACUUUUCGGUGGCGCAAGAGACGGAGGAGGAACAGACACCCAGUUCCAGCUUCCUAGGUUCUCUGCGAACAGCGAGUUCAGAGUGGAUGUCCUGUGCCUCCAUCUUUUUUUUGAAGGAGAGCUUUUUGCGAGGAAAAGAAGACGCGCCCCUCCGAUGUUUCGUCCUUCGUCUUGGCACAUUUUUGCAAAAGUCCCUCGCUCUCUGGCGGAGUUCCCGGAGUUUUUCCUGUUUCCAUUUCUUCACCCGUCGUUCUUUCUUCUUUCCUCGCAGAGUUCUUGACAAAACGCGUCCGCCUUCCCCCGCUCUCUCCGUUGUGCCCUCAGAUGCAGGCGCGCGUUCGCUGGGCUUCCGUGGACCCCCGGAGAAGGCGUUGAUGAGUGGCUGCGAAAAAUAGACUUUUUCCGACGUUUUCACCGUGUGAACAGGCGGCCAUGGCUCGAGGAAAAGCGAAGGCGAAGGCUGCCUCUGCAGCGAAGAAGAGAAACGCGAGAGACACGAGGCCUACGGACACAGACCGGGGCAAGGCGGAGGAAGCUCCGACGGCUGCGGAGACGCAAGAGGUGGAAGAGACUACGGAGGCAAAGCCUCUUGCCGAGAGACGCGGAGACUGCGAGGAAGAGAAGGCUCGGAAGAAACGCGCAGCGACAGACAAGGCGUCAGGAGUGGAAGAGGAGGAAGACAAGAAGGAGAACAAGAAAGACACCGGAGGGGAGAAGGACACUGGAGAAUCUGUGACGAGAGGAGACGCCUUCGCGGAAGGUCCGUCGCAGGCCGUUGCCGAGUCCGAUGAAUGCAAAGAAACGCCGAAAGAAACCGCGGUCAGGGACUCGCCAGAACCUGCCACUUCGGGUGUACAUACACCUGAUACCGGCGAAGCACCAGCGGAGCAAAGCGAGCCGCCAGUCCUUGACUCCCCUUCAGAGAAGCCGAGUCAACAGAAGACUCAACAGCCUUGCGACAGCCGAGACCGCUACUCCAAAGGCCAGAGAAAAGAACUCCCUCCGCCUCGCCUUCUCGCUCUCCGCCCGCAGCCGGGUGUAUGUACACCGCCUCCGCCUCCAGUGGCGCCGCUGAUUUUGUCGGCUCCGCAGCGGCAGAGGCCUCUCGCUCCUCGCGUUUUCUCCCCUCCCGUUCCUCCGCCUCCGCUUUCUCAGAACCUGCAUCGCAGCGCUGCGGUACCUCCUCCUCCUUUCCCUUCUCCAGUCCUUCUCACUGGACGCAGGCCGCCUCCUCCACCGGCGCCGCAGCCGGCCUUCGCCUCCUCUCCCCCGUCCUCUGCGCCUGCGUUCCGAGGUGUGUCUCCCCCGGCGGCUUCCCCGCCGUUUCAGCAGCGGACGCUUGAGGGCACUAUGGAUCCCUUCGCGCAGCUGGCGUACUUCACUCUCUUGCAACAGCAGCGCGAGGAAAGCGAGAAGCUCACUCAAGAGCCGCCAUCUGUGGGGGGAGCAGAUCCUUCUGCUUUUCGUCCUUCUCUUUCUUCAGCAGAGAGCAAGCCGAGGGCGGAGCGCGACGGCGCGCCUGCCUCGGAUGGGGUCUCGGUCGCUGGAGCGCCGUCAGUCCUGGAGGUUGGCACCACCUACACCGGCCUGUCGACGACGUCACAUUUCGGCUUGUAUAGCGAACCUGAGAUGUUGCGGAGGAUCGAGGCGGCGCGCGACUACGAGGAAGUCCGGAGCCUGGUGAACUUGUACUCGGAGAAGGCGAAGAAGUUUCCUUCCGUCUUGGGAGCUCUGCUGCUGCGACUGGCGCUCCUCGGACGCCAGAUCUUCAGAGACCAGCUGCUCGAGACGAGCAGAGCGCUAAUGAAAAACGGAGGAGUCCUGGAGCAAGAAGCUGCGAAAAAAGCUUUGAAAGAUCCCCUCCCUGGAAGCACCCUUGGUCCCCUGGAACGGAGUCCGCAGGAGGACGUCAAAUUCAGCGACUUCACCAAGACGACGGCGCGUCUCUCGGACUGUCUGAUGGAGCAUUUGCGGACCGAUGCGUCGCGGGUGUCGAACGACGUCCUGCAGAAUCUUUUGUGGGCGUUGUCGCUGACGCAAACGAACUGCAUGGGCGUCUUCCGAGAACUCGCGAGCUUCGCCUCGGUCCGGCAAGAUCUGUCUGCUUCUCAGCUGGUCACCCUCUUCUGUGCAUACACUCGAGGCCUCGAGAAGACUUCCGACCGACGCGGAGGCGUCAACAUCACGUCCGAUGACUCGGCCUUCUUCGAAGACUGCGUACAGAAACUGCUGCUUCGUCCGGAGGAGCUUGCCUCCCUCACUGCAAAGCAGAUUGCCCUCUUCCUCCAAGCCUGCACAAGGCUCAACUUCAACAACGCCCUCCUCCUCAAACACAUUGGAAAACUUUCUCUACAAAAAGAAAAAGAAUUCGCGCCCAAAGAGUGGGCCACCGUCGUAGCCGUGUUCACGAGGUUCGGCGUACCUCUCAGAGGAGAGUGCGAGAAGCUGCGCAGAGAGCGACGCGGGAGAGACUGGGAACGCCCACCACCUCCCAAGAAGCCCAAGCCGAUCAGCCAGUGCUAACUUGCUUCCAUGCAAAUACAUUUAUAAAUAUACAUACAUAUAAAUAUAUAAAUAUAUAUAUAUAUUUAUUUAUAUGUCUUUUGUAGGCGCACGAGAAUAUAUAUAUAUAUAUAUAUAUAUAUAUAUAUAUAUAUAUAUAUAUAUAUUUGUGAAAAUGUGUAAAAUGCCAAGCAGCCGGAUGCAGCUAGGAGGGACUUUGUCUUUUUCUGCAGAGUGCCUCUCCUAUGGACAUCUACAAGGGGCACAAUACAUCGUCUCUCUAAUACAUAUUAUACACAUAAUAUAUAUAUGUAUAUAUAUAUAUAUUACAUACAUGGAAGCGUGUUGACGUUAGUAUAGACUUUUUUCUAGUCCAGUAUGUAUAUAUUUAUAUGGAUCCAUAUAUAUACAUAUAUAUAUAUAUACAUAUAUAUAUAUAUAUAUAUGUGGAUAUAAAUAUGUUUGUAUCUGUGUGGACGUACACGUGGCUCUCGCGUUCGUCCACAUAUAUGCAUGCGUUUGCGGAUGCAUGGCCAAGUAGAGAGGAUCGGUUGUCAUUUUCAGAGUUGCAUGCGCGCUCGACUAUUUCGUUUGUCUGCGUCUUGUCUCUCCGGUCUGGACGAGUGCCUUCUUGUCUUGGAGGCGCGACGGUCGCGUCUGGAGAACCUGCGUUUCUGAGCCUCCGCGGGAGUGCGUCUGCAUGCACGCGAGAGAAAAAUGCCACUCUGGAAAAAAAGGUUAUUACUGCA